AUGGGCCUUUUCAAGACUGCCGAUCUUCGUGAGGAGUGCGAAAAGAGCGCUCGUAUCCUCAAGAGCUUCGUCGACAAGAACAAAAUCCCCUCCAACGUCAUCAGCAACGCCAAAGGCCUCGCCAUCUUCACCGGCUUCCGAGCAGGAAUGUAUUUCGCCGGCGCAGGCGGCUCAGGCAUUGUAAUCGCCCGUCUCCCCGACGGAUCAUGGUCUUCACCCUCUGCCUUUUCCGUCCGCAGCGGUAGUGUCGGUCUCGUCUACGGCAUAGACGUGUACGACUGUAUCUGUGUCCUCAACACCCAAGACGCAGUCGACGCUUAUAAAAAUUCAGAAGUCAACCUUGGAGGCGCCGUUGCUCUUGCAGCUGGACCGCUCGGUGGAAACGUCAACGUGGGAGAGGUGAAGCCUGUUUGGACGUAUACCAAGUCUCGUGGUAUUUAUGGUGGUUUGACUGUUGAUGGGACAGUUAUUAAGGAGAAGAGAGAUGUUAAUGCUGAGUUUUAUGGAGCGCAGGUUUCGUCGGCGCAGAUUCUGGAGGGAAAGGCCAAUGGGGGUUGGUCACCGAGGAUUAUUGAAUUGUUAGAGGUUGUUAAGACGGCGGAGGGGAAGAGUGCUGAUAAAAGUGUUUUGCAGGGGAUUAGCACUGAGCCUACUCCCGGUGACUUGACGGAGUAG